GCAGAGGGCGCCACUUGUAGACAAUGUUUUUCAAAAAAACUCUAGUUUUCGACUUGAAAUUGUUUAAAAAAGACCAAAAAUGAGUCGCAGACGUCAACAAAACCGCGACGACGAAGACAACGGCUUCGCAGAAUGGGGGGGCUACUUCGAGGCAAAAAAAGCCAAACUCCGGGAACAAUACAAGGAAACUGCCGCUAAACAAGUCGAAAAAAUAUCAGAUAUUUUCACUGGAGUCUCAAUUUUCGUCAAUGGUUUGACAAACCCGAGUUCUGACCAAUUAAAAUUGUUGAUGGCCCAACAUGGGGGCACCUUCCACUUGUACCAAAGCUCCUCGACCACCCACAUCAUCGCCUCGAAUUUACCCAACGUCAAGAUAAACAAAUUGGGGUCACUCCCAAUUGUGAAGCCUUCAUGGGUCACCGACAGUAUAGCCCUCAACAAACUCCUCGACUACAAACGCUACCUCCUCUACACCAACCAAAGCACCUCACAGCCCCGCCUCGACUUCCCAGUCGUCCCCAAGACAGCCUCUGACCCCCAUUUCCUCCAAGAAUUCUACUCCAACUCGCGCCUCCACUUAAUCUCCACCCUGGGGGCCGAAUUCAAGCAAUUCAUUGCGGACCUACGCGACAAACCCCGGGAGUUCCCCGGACGAUCCAAACUUGAAGUUUCAAAAACCGGGGCUCCGCCCCAAACCCCCGUCGUGAUGCACAUCGACAUGGACUGUUUCUUCGUCUCGGUGGGACUGCGUACGCGACCGGAGCUUCGGGGGCUCCCCGUGGCUGUGACCCACGCCCGGAGGGCCCAACUCAACCCCAAUAAGGAGCGCGAGGAGACUGUGACCUUGAAUAUGGACAGGGUGGCACAAGGGGGCGAAUUGGGGAUGAUUGACGGGAGGUCAUCCAUGUCAGAGGUCGCGAGUUGCAGCUACGAGGCGAGAAAAUGUGGGGUUAGAAAUGGCAUGUUUCUGGGGGCUGCGGCCAAGCUGUGCCCCCAAAUUAAGACAAUCCCGUACGAUUUUGAGGGCUACAAAGAAGUCUCAAUGAUCCUCUACAAGACUUUAUCCUCCUAUACCCUCAAUAUUGAGGCCGUGAGUUGCGACGAAAUGUACGUUGAGGUCACCGACCUCCUCAAAACCUUCAAUUUGUCAGUUGAGGAGUGGGCCAAUCACAUCCGAGGCGAGAUAAAGACAGCAACAGGUUGUCCUUGUUCGGCCGGAUUCGGAAGUAAUCGGCUCCAAGCCCGACUAGCCACGAAAAAGGCCAAACCUGACGGUUUUUACUACCUCAAACCUGAAGAUGUCGAGUCGUAUAUGGCCGAAAUCGCUCUCGCCGAUUUACCAGGCGUCGGUUAUGCAACCCUCAACAAACUCAAAAGUUUGGGUUUGGAGACUUGUGGUGACGUCCAAGUGGCGUCACUGGGGGUUUUACAGAAAGAAUUGGGGGCGAAAAUGGGGGAAACCCUGCUGGAACAAGCGAAGGGGAUUGACCAGAAACCACUCAAUUAUCACCACGAACGGAAAUCAGUCUCAGCGGAAAUAAAUUACGGAAUCCGAUUUAAAACAAUCGAUGAAUGUUACAAUUUUUUGGAAAGUUUAGGAAACGAAGUUUGGAGUCGUUUGAACGAAAUCAAAAUGCGAGCGAAGACUGUGACCUUAAAAGUGAUGAUUCGAGCCCCUGAUGCCCCCUUGGAAACUGCAAAAUUUCUCGGUCACGGCCUGUGCGAUUCCGUGAGUAAAAGUGUGACAAUUGCGCAUCACAUCUCUGAUGUUAAAAUUCUCCAACGCGAAAUUAGGUCACUCUACGAGAAAAUGAACGUCAAUUAUGGCGAAUUACGCGGCCUUGGGGUCCAAUUAACGAAAUUGGAGAAAUUAGCGCCGAUUAAUCCCACUUUGAGCAAUUUUCUGCAACAAGAAUCGAAGAAAAGUGACAGUAGUGACACCGUUAAGUCAAAAAUGGCCACUAGGGGGCGUCCUCGAAAAAACUCAAAAGGACAAAAAAACAGUCUCAGUGACUUUUUUAAGAACAAGAAGGAGACGCCAGUGCAAAAUAAGCCAUUGGAGAUGAAACCAACAGAAGUCGACCCCGAGGUCCUCAAGGAGUUGCCCCCCGAGAUCCGGGCUGAAAUAAUCAAAGAGUACAAUUUGGCCCCCAAACCACCGGUGAAAAAAUCACUCACUUGGCCCCAAAUCAAACCACCGGUGAAAAAAUCGCCGUUUAGUGGUCUCACUUGGCCCCAAAUCAAACCAAUCCUCCACAAGUGGUUACAAUCGGAGCAAAAACCCGACGAUUAUGACGUCACACUCCUCGGGGAGCAUUUCCGCCAAUUAGCGAUUGAUCGCGACAUUGAUUGGUUACCCACAGCUAUGAAUUUUUUGUACCGAAAUUUCGGUGAAAUGAACUGUUUUUGGCAUAAAGCAUAUCACAAAAUCGUUGAUUUGGUACAACAAGGAAUGGUGGCGAGAUAUGGAGGCACUUUGUUGAUUAAAAGAGAUUUCGAUUGUUUGCAUUGUGUGUAAUAAAUUCAUUUUUGAUAA